AUGGCCGAAGUGGCCAGGAGAAACGAGGCGCCGCCGGGUGAUGGGGCUGGUAAUGUGGAACCAGCGCAAGGCGAUCAACCACAACCCCAACAAGGACGGUUUAACAUGUUUUUUGGAGUUGUGAAAACAUUAAUUGUUCGAUCAUUAAUUAUCUACUUCAUUACGUCAAUGUUUAAAAAGUCCUCAAAUGUACCUCCUGAUGGUGUUACUCCAAUUGCUGAUUCUGUUCCAAAUGUCAAUUAUUUUGAGUUUGGUACUAAAUUUGAUAUGUAUGUGUAUUUAUCAGAAGACUAUAUUAAGACUAUAAUGCAUGAUAAACUCGAUGAUGAUAAUGAACUUGUUUGGAAAAAAACAGAUUUAGAAUAUGGAGACUGGUCUUCAGGACCUAAUAAUGAUGGUACUUAUACUAUUCAAAAAUCUUUCAUUCCAUCACCGAAUUUGCAAAAUAACGGAUCAAUUUAUUUACAUGUGUACUUCAUUAAAAAGACAAAUUCAAAUAUAAGUAAAAAUGACAUGUACGUUGUUCAUGCCAUGAAACAAUUAAAUAAGUUUAAAAAAGUCAAAUUCUUAAAAACCCAUAACUUACUUACGGGUGAAACAUCUGCUACUCCAGAACAAAUUGAAAAAGCAGAAAAAUUUGAGACUGAAAUAAUAUCACAUUGGCAUCCUAAUCUUACAAUUUGUUUAGUAACUGAUCAAACAAACUGGACUAAAGGAUCUCUCCCCGAGCCAUUUUCUGAAUAUCUAGAAUUCAUACCAAAAAAUCGAUAUAAGCCAAUGGUGUUUUUUAAUGAUUUCUGGAACAUGCUUAGAGACUAUCAACCAAUCAAUAAAACUGUGAAUAAUUUGGAUUUAACACUUACAUUCCAACCAUUGUCAUUAUUUAAAUGGCAAAUGUAUUCGGCUCAGACUAUGCGAAACAAAUGGACUGCUGGAUUUUUGGGUGAUACUUUUGCCACAGAUGCUAAUGAAGAUGAUCAAGAUCAAGAUUCAUUAAAAGAAGCAUUGUUAGAAACGUCACCAUAUAUUUUGGCAGCUACAAUCAUUGUAUCAAUAUUGCAUAGUGUUUUUGAGUUGUUAGCUUUUAAAAACGAUAUUCAAUUUUGGAAGGAACGUAAGUCGUUGGAAGGUUUAUCUGUACGUGCAGUAUUUUUUAAUGUAUUUCAAUCUGUCAUUGUACUUUUGUAUGUGCUUGAUAAUGAUACAAACACAAUCAUUCGUAUCAGUUGUUUUGUCGGGCUGGGUAUUGAAUGUUGGAAAAUUAACAAGGUGUUGGACAUAAGCAUUGAUCGGCAAACACGGUAUUUAGGUAUUAUUCCAAAACUUAUAUUUAAGGAAAAGGGGUCCUAUGCUGAAUCAAGCACAAAGGAAUAUGAUCGAGCAGCCUUUAAAUACUUAUCAUGGGUACUAUUUCCUCUUCUUGCUGCAUAUGCAAUUUAUUCACUCGUUUAUGAAGAACAUAAAGGAUGGUAUUCUUGGGUACUCAACAUGUUGUAUGGUUUUCUUCUUAUGUUUGGUUUCAUUACAAUGACUCCACAAUUGUUCAUUAACUAUAAGCUCAAGUCUGUGGCGCAUCUUCCUUGGAGAAUGAUGUCUUAUAAGUGUUUAAAUACAUUCAUUGAUGAUAUAUUUGCAUUUGUUAUUAAAAUGCCAACAAUGUACCGUUUAGGCUGUUUUAGAGAUGAUAUUGUAUUUUUCAUAUUUUUGUAUCAAAGAUGGAUAUAUAGAGUAGAUCCGACUAGAGUGAAUGAAUUUGGAUACGCUGCCGAGCCAGUUGAAGAUCAGCCACAAGCUAUUGAAGACAAGGUACAAGCCAUUGAAGAAAAACCACAAGUAGUUGAAAAAGAGAAACCAGAAGAUGAUAAAAAGAAUGAUUAA